UUCUCGGCUCUUGGUUCGAACGCCAACGUGUGCGGCAACACGACGUCGGCAACUGUAGUGUGUGUCAUCGCUCAACACUUGGCAUCGGCUUUCCAGACGGAUGAGUCUCAACGACUAUACAUAUACGUCGCCGAGGGGGGUGGGCGACUACCACCACUACGUCAAACACCCGCUGUCCACGAAACAAGCAGAUUUGAACGCCUUUCUCUUCCCGAAUGUCAAAUAUGGCUACAACCUACGUCAUAUUGACAUAACGAUUCAGCCGUGGCCGGGCUUCAUGGAACGUGUUGACGAUGGGAACGUGACCAGGUACCAGGGUAUGUGUAUUGAAAUGCUCAAGGUGCUACAAGAGGCCCUCAACUUCACGUACACGCUGUUUGAGAAUAAAGACAAGACUUGGGGCACUGUAGAAAAUGGCUCGUGGAUUGGAAUGGUCGGGGAACUGCAACGACGGGAAGCUGACUUGGCGCUAGCUGACGUCACGAUCCACUAUCAGAGGGACCAGGUCGUCGAUUUCGUACUUCCGGCCUUUGGAACGGAAGUGACUGACAUCGUGUACCGGAAGUGGAAGACGGAAGACUUCAGCUGGAAGAACCUAGCUCGUCCAUUCAGCCCUCUCGUAGUGUUGUGUAUUGCAGCAGCUCUAAUCUUUGUCAUGUUGAUGGUUGCUGUCACAGAGAGACUCAACCCUUAUUACAGUGGGACAACGGAGAGACAGAGUCCUCUAGAUUUAUCGUGGAAGACCAUCUGGUACCUUCUUGGAUCUGUGCUUAUGCAAGGUGGAACCCAGGAACCUGGGUCUUGUACUGGCCGGGUCCUCCUGUCGACGUGGUGGCUCUUCUGUAUCGUGAUCGCCGCCACCUAUAGCGCCACUCUCAUCGUAUCCUUCGCCGUGAAGGAGGAAACAGUCCCGUUCAAGUCGUUGGCCGAACUCGUUGAAAAUGAGGAAUAUCGCUGGGGAAUGUUUGACGGGUCUAUUGCUAUGCUUAUAUUAACCAACUCGACUCGCCCAGAGUUCCAGAAGGCCAUUAACGGUGUCCGGAAGUUCGCGCAGUCAGACCCGAGCGUCUUCAGCCGAGAUAUCAAUGUACAGCUCCGCAAGGUCCAGACGGAGAAGUAUGCCCUCAUCUCCAGCCGGGCCACGCUGGAGUACAUGCAGUCUGUGUCCAAGCCGCUAGAUCUCCGUAUAGUCGGGGAGAAGCUGUACUCCACCCACGUGGCUCUGGCCGUCCCCCCGCGCUCCCCCUUCCUGCCAGACUUCCAGAGAGUGAUGGCGACCAUGAGUGAGAUUGGAUUGCUGGAGACAUGGGAAGAACAGUGGGGGAACGAGAGCUAUCUGAAGAACCCCUCACUCACUCUUGGAGGAAAACCUAUCACUAUCGGCAACUUCCUUAACGCGUUGUGCCUCGUUGCUAUCGGUGUGGCUUGUGGUGUUACGGCCCUCCUUCUUGAAUACGUCGUCACAAAACUCCUACAGUGCUACCAGACAUCGUUAGAAAAGAAACCGGAAACAGUGACGACGUGUGUGGAGAGCCACGUGGUGGAUAUGACGUAACUACGGCAAUGGUGUAUUCAGGAACGGUGUACUUCACUUCCUAGAUCAGUAAUUAACCAUCAGAGCAGUGCCUUCCGAAAUGAGCAGAGGAACUUACCAUCUGUUUUGAGGCAAUCGCGAAGGUGCUCGCAUUCCCAUUGAACGUGGUGGGGAACUAAGAUUCAGAAUGUUCCCCAAGCGCUGAUGCUCAUAAAAAUACAGAAAUAUCUAAAAUUAUAAAGCAAAUACUGCGAUUGACUCAUUACUCCUUAUUAAGUAAGGAAUAGUGACAAAUAGUUGCUCACUGCAAAAUAGAAGCACUUUAGAUUGGUAUAUGAACGAUCUUCAAUCCAAAGUACGAAUUACAUUAGGACAUAACCCAGCAAGAAUAUGGGGAUUAUUUGAAGAUUAUCCGAAACUGAGUCCAAAAGGAUUAUCAUAAGGGUGGUCUAUGUGUCACAGACCCCUGAGGGCUAUAUUCGAAAUAAACACUUCUCUAAAGAGGAAGGAAUACAGGAUAGAACUGUCUUUGGAAACAGAAUAACUCAUCGUGAGUAACCUGGCACCAAAUGUUUUGGGACAACCUGCCUAGUAACUUAAAGACUAAGUAUACAGGUAACCUGGAUGCUCUGCCAUUAAAGUCUUACAAUGGCACUACCCAUACCCUGUCAUUGAAUCUUUGGACAUUAUAUGAAACCUUCAGCCUUCCGAUGCCAUGCCUUUGUAUAGAACCAUUUUACCAUUUAGAUUACACUUGUUUGGGAGUAGCUGAUCAAAGACCUAAUUGCUCCUUGAUCAAAAGCUUGUACUAUCUGUAAUGUCGCAUGUGUUUACUUACCCUCUGUGGCCUUCGGGUGUACAACUUCUUUUAUGAGAAUCAAUAAUGAGAAAUCGAUCAAUAUUAGUGAAGGUCAUUGUUACUGCCUCUCUUCUCACGAUUAACGGCUGUUGUAUAGUAGUGCGCUCAAAUUGGCCCGCAUUGUACAAGAAGCACGGUAUACCGGAGUGCCAAUCCGGGUUAAAGAGCCAAUAUGGGAUUGAGAGGGUCUGAUUGCAUUACUGACAUUGUUAUCACAAGAAGACCUGCGGACAUGUCACUUUGUUAGAGUGUAGAUCCUGUUUUCUUGGAAACAUAUUAUAAUAAGUAUGACUCUGACUGGAUUCAUAUUGACCUAUAUCGGCCCAAACCGAUCAUUAUGUCGUAUCAUUAAUCUGUCAUAGAGUUUCUGUUUUAGUCGCUUCUGGUACAGACAUAACCAUUACACAGAUGUUCAUGAUGAUAUAUCCAUGAUUAUCAUAUUUGUAUAUUAAGUAAAUGUAUGCGUUACAAACGUGUCAAUUUGUAACAUAGUUUUUGUUUAUGCUUUUAAUUAUAUAUUAAAAUAUUUAAAUACUCAA